AUAGACCUACAAUAAAUUAUGUAACAUAUAUGUCACAUGGGUUAAGUAUUGUUUACUUGGGUUUAAAGAAGUGUAACUUUUGCAAGGUUAUUACAAAAGACAAAGCUGCAAUAAAUCAGAUAAUUGUUGUGUCAGACAACACUGGUUAUAUUCAUUGUUUUUAAUCACGAGUACAUGCAUAUAUGUGUGUUAAUAAGUGAGCAAGUCUUUCUGGUAUUUAUAAGUCAGCAACACCCAAUGUCGGCUAAUCUCCCGUUCCUAAUCACACUUCGCAUGACUGCCUCUGCGACUUUUCCUACUGUCUCCAGUUGAAAUGCUGGCUUGUGUGACAUGGGUGAGCGAUCGUGGAUGUAUGUGUUUCCGCACCUCUUUGUCACACUCAGUUUCCUUACCUCUGUCCAUCUUCUCUGAUUGGUGUACGACGGCAAGAUAGGACUACCUGUUGAAUACCUCUUGCAUAGCUGGUCCGCUGUAUAGUGGUAACUCUGUCUGAGCCAGGGUGCUGCACCGGUAGCUGUUAUUUCGUGUGUGUAUAUAUGUGUAUAUCAGUGGACUUCUUUACCAGUCUUCUGUCGUUGGGUUGGUCAAGGCAUAUCUCAGCUCUCCAGAUAUCAAGGAUAUUUUGCUUUUAUCAGUGCUGUGUCAUGACCUGCAUAAAAAUAGGACGUUCGAUGUCAUGCUAUGCCGUAACCAACAAUUCACCUGUAGGACGUCGUUAAUGUCAUAAUCUGCUCGUAAUUAACAUUUCACCUGUUUAAAACUGGAUGUGUGUAUAAUAUUUGUGACAGGGUGUUGUGUAUUUCUGUCAGAUAUUUUCUGCAGUAUCAGUGUUCGCUGUGGGAUGAAUUCUGAUAAAUAUUUGACAGUUGAUACCAAGGUGUUACUGAGUUAAGUAUUGCAGAGGAGUACAGUUACAACUUGUAAUACAAGUCAUGUGUCUUUUCAGAACAGAAAAAAAUCUAUUCUGAUAUAAUUACAGGUGUGCUAACUUGUAUGUGUGUGCAAUAUUCUUUAAACUGUUUAUUAUAAUAUAUAUAUAUAUAUAUAUCUUCCAUAAGAUCUGAAUACAAAUGACUUUCCUGAACUAGAGAUACAUCAUAUGACAUCUCCUGUGUUUUACAAGUGAAGGCUGUGGAAAAUUUAUGGUCACAUACCUGUAAUUGACAAUUGCUGUAACGUAAGGACAGAGUGCAGCCCAUGCUUAUACACUGAGGAACUGACAGGUUGUAGAAAUCGGCUUAACAGUGGCCUGGGAGAAUUACUGUGGAUACCGAAAAGUUGCGUUUUGUUCUUCCGAUUCUGUGACAGUGUCUUGUUUAAUUUGUGCUGUAAUUGCGCUUACGUGUGUGUGUCUGUUUGUGUUCAUUUGUCCGAGUGUGUGGACUAACUCUUGAUAGCCACUGAAUGGUGGGAGUGUUUCACACUGGGCCGGAUCAGACAACGGACGAUUUAUCCCGAGCUCUGUACACACAGAGAAGUUUGUCUUUGGCUCAGAUUUACAUUAGACUGCAUUAGACCCAACCAACAACAAAUACUCAGAAAACACACUUUCUUAAUUUCGUGUUGAUAAAGAAAUUGUCGCCAUCACCGAUAAUGGAUGGUUGUGUUUGAUCUUUGCACCACUGUGCUGCUGUAGGUGGAACGUCCUUACGUCGAUGUUAUUCUAGACACUCAUCGCAAGUACAUGCUGCUGGUUACAAAUUCUUGAGAACAAAAUACAAAGUCAUUUGUUUUUAAAUACACCUUUUUUUCAUAUUCAAUGUUAUAUCUAAUAUUUUGUAUUUUCUGAAUUAAAAGGCAAUAACAGAAGUGACUGUUACAGUGAAGGGGAAAAAAGAGCUUCAUUCCAUUGUAACAAAUAUUUUAAUGUCAUGUAAGUGACUGAAUGACAUUUAACAUAUAACAAGGAAUUUAUAUUUGUUCCACCGACAAGCAAUUAUCACAUUCUUUCCUAAAUGCUUGACACUGAAAGUCACGUUGUGUUGGGAAAUAGUUGCAUAUGUCGCACCUUUCACUUUUUUAUCUUUCUGCAAUACGUCCUUGUGUUGACUAUGAAUAGAUAGCUCAAACUCCAUUCAAAGUAGCAUACAUUGAAUAUUGUGAUCUCUUAUUAUUGGAUAUGUUCCGUUAAUCUUUGUGGACCAGCGUUUUGCCUAGUGUGUCAAGUUGUACGUUACUAAAAUCAACCAUGGGGAGUUGGUACCGAAGUCUUGGCCGCAAAAGCAAGUCAUAUAUUCUCAAUCACGACAUUGACAACAUGGAUCGCAUACUGCAGGGGAUCAUCAUCUCCAAUCACCCUGACCCCAUGAAGAGGCAGCUCAUUGAAAAGAUUGCCCAGAAAGGCCAGGAAAAGCAUCCUCCUAAUGUGGUGCGCUCUGUUCUUGAAAUCUGUGCCGAUUGGUUUCUUGACGGAACCUGCGAACUGACCGUUGCCUCGGGCCUGCAGGUCUACCUACAGUGGUCCCAACAUGAUGUCUCCACGCUGGAGACGUUUUUCGACCGGGAAUUCCUGUUGAACCUGCUCGAGAAAAAGUACCGGAACAUGGCUAACGUGCCAAUCUUGUUACAGGAGUCUCUGCGUCUGCUGCAGAAGACGGCGACGUUCCAGAGCCACGUGCAGGUGAUCCAAGCGAAGGCCAUCAAGUACAUGGAGGACCACGUCGAGAUGAAGUGUCUCCGCAACUUCACCAUGUUCCUCGAAGAGUUCAGGGACUGCAUCCCCAGUGGAGACUUCACCUCGCGCUUCUGCAUUGCCAUCAUCAAUGCUCUUGCUCACUGUUCCGUGCCAGAGGAUGAGAACUGUAUUCUCCAGUUUGUGCAGGACGCCAACGCGGUGGCGGAAUUUCUCCACAAGAUCUGGAGCAACAUGGACCGCUCCGUAAUUCUAGACUCUCUCCGUGCUAUUUUCACUCUGAUUUCCUUGGAGGAUGAAGUGGAGUCGUCGUUCUGUCUGGGCGUCCUCGUGCGCUACAUCCCGAUGGAGAUUGCCAACGAGGUGGUGGAGAACGCCGUCACAGACCCCGUGGUGGAGGACACCAGCAUCACCUUGGCACUUCAGAAGAUGAUCGAUUGGCUGGCCUGGCCAACCGUGAAAAAUAUCGACAAAUGGGUGAUCGCCUUUCUCAAGGAAUUGGCACUUGCUAAGAAGUACUCAGUGUUGACCACUGUUACUGAGGAGAAAAUUGACUUGGUUGUAGAGAAGUUCCGCUACCCCGUGGCUCGAGAGGCGAGUUUCAACAUCAUGUCCUACAUGCUGCUCAGCUUCCAGCAUUCUCCAGACCCUUUCCACAAGAUUUUACGAGAUGUUCCAGAUCUCAUUAAACUGCUUAAAGAGGACACUGAGGAUAGCAAACAUCACCUGGAGAAGUUUGUCGAACUCCUUCACUGCUUGAUGCAGCUUCACACAGGGUUUCCUGACCUGUAUGAUCCAGUGUUUGAAGCUAUAAAGGAGUUUCCUGUUCCCUCUGGAAGCACAAUAAAAGAGAAAUUGGCGGAGUCGAGCUGGCACACAAACAGCAGCCGAGAUUUCUCGUCUCACAUCAGCGUGUCGGAGAAGUCGGAGACGGGCAAGACGGGGCUGUUCAACCUCGGCAACACGUGCUACAUGAACAGCGUCCUGCAGGCUCUCUUCAUGUGCAACAGAUUUCAAGAAAGAGUUCUCACACAGACUUCACUACUGAACCAGGAACUGAUGAACCGUCUGCAGGAAACCUUCGCGUUUCUCAAACUCUCACAAAGGCCAUCGUUUUCUGCCGUCAGCUUUCUGCAAGCGUCGAGGCCUCCUUGGUUCACGGCGGGCUUUCAGCAGGACUGCUCCGAGUUCCUCAAGUACCUCCUCGACCAGCUCCACGAACAAGAGAAACAGUCGCGGAAGAAGGCGCUGAAGUCCUCGUCAAAAACAAAACUUGGUAAAAAAUCCAAAGAUGAGAAAGGCUUGAAAGAUCAGUCAGACGAGUCCUCGACUCUUGUCCAGAAAACGUAUGGAGGGCAAAUCUGCUCCACUCUGAAGUGCCUGAACUGUAAGACGGAGUCGUCCCGCACUGAAUGCUUCUAUGAUAUUCCGUUGGCUUUCCCCGAGUACGAGCAGACGUCUCACAAGUCUCUUGCAGGAGGUAAUGCAAAAGACCACCAUUUUGAAAGAAACGUUACAAUCCAGGAGAGCAGCGUGGAUGACGAAGUGUCUGUCUCAGCAAUUCCUGAAACAAGUUUACGACUGGAUUCUUUGAUUUCGCACUUCCUGCAGCCGGAGAAACUAACGGAUGAUAAUAAAUACCACUGUGAUAAGUGCAGGGGUCUGCAGGAGGGGGAGAGGAUGAUGAAAAUCACGCGGUCUCCCGAGUAUCUCAUACUGACGCUCCUGCGCUUCUCGUUUGACACAAAGUCACAGACGAGAUCGAAAAUAUUCCGGGAGGUGAAAUAUCCCAAGACUUUAAUUCUACCUUCCGAGAAUUCGACGAAUGCCGAUCCAAAACUACCGCAGAGCAAGAAGCAGAGGAUUCUGCCGCCGAAACUCCUGCAGAAGCUGUACAUCUCGGAGGAGAACAGUUCGGGCGACAAGGACAUCUACAGCCUGUGUGCCGUGGUCGUGCACUCGGGCACGUCGUCGGAGUGUGGCCACUACUACUGCUACGCCCGCCACACGCUGCUCAAGUCGAUCCAGACGGUGUGUGAGGAGGUGGACCGUAGCGAGUCCCAGGAGGUGGACUUCCUGAAGGACCGGUGGUAUCUGUUCAAUGACAGCCGUGUGUCCUUCGCCGACUACACCUCGUUCAGCACUGUCACCAAGCGUUUCCGCAAGGACACACCCUAUGUGCUCAUCUACCACAAGAUCGACCUCGAUUCCACGCAGGUGGCGGGCAUCGCCUUCAGUCAGUGCGUCAGCAGUACGUCGGUCGACCACCCCAUCAGGCACGAACUCCGAGUAGCCAUUUCCAAGGAUAAUGCUCUGUAUUUGCAGGAAGAAGAGCAGGCUGCGAAGGCAAAAGCUGAAAGACGCAAACGGACGAGUUCCAUCAGCUCGACGAUAUCGCAGUACACGAGUAACUGGCACGGUGACGACGACGACGACGAUCACCAAGGGCCCAUGGGAGGGAGUUGUGGUGGGGGAGGUGGUCUCAGCAACCUGGAUACGUCAGGGUCGAGAUUCGUGUUUUAACAUUGGAUGGAAACAUUUUCUAGUGUGAAUUCUCACUGUUACACUUUCAGUAAUGUUCGUAGGCUUUAUAGUCCCUUCACCUUGUAGUGAAGUGAAAAACAAUGCUUUUUGUGCAUGGUUGAAAAGUUGGGACUGUCUGCUGUUUGAACAUAUUUGACAUACUUUCCACUUGAGGUCAAGACGGUUAAGAGAUUUCAGAGUGGUUUCAGAGUACAGAGUACAGAGUACAACAUUCAUGUUUUUUUUUUUUUAGAUAUAUAUAUAUAUAUACAUGAAUUAAUUCUUGAAUCCUGACAAUCCUAUUUUAUAUACAUGUACAAGUCAUGGAUCCACUCAGUGCAAGCUUUUUUUGUAUACUUGUAAAAAGUCUUGAAUCUUCUUGGUGCGAAUUUCUUGUAUACAUGUAUUAAAUUUGGAUCGUUCCAGAACAUGUUUUUUAGAUAUACGUACAGAGUCCUGUAUCAAGUCCGAUACUUUUAAAACUAGGAUCCUAUGAGUAAAUGUUUUUGUGUAUACAUACGGUAUAUAAAAUAUUGGAUUGUCUCAAUAAAAGGUCAGUAAUAAUUUACUGAAGGAAGAUAGCCGUGCAUGAACUAAUGUGAUUGAACACUGGAAGUUUUAACUUAAAUAAAUGUUAAAUUCAGGGGUAAAUUGUGUACAUAUUGUAUCUAAAAACAAGAUUGUCUCAUUUUGUGGCAGCUUGUGAUGUCUAUGUAAAUUUGAUAUUGUUUGUUUUAUUUGCUUUCCUAGUGUUACAAACCCGUUUCAAUAUGAUUAUCAGGCUCUCUUUUUUUACAUGUAUUUAUUGGGGUUGUUUUCAAAACUCUUAAACAUUAUUAUCAGGCUUGGUGCGGAUGAAUAAUGUUAUUUAUUGGUAGUCAAACUAGUUUUAAGGAUUUAUUACCUUGAUUAAUCUAAUGGCAGAUACAUCUGUAAUAUAAAAUACAUUAAGUAAAAGAGUACACGUACACCUAACUUUAAGACUUGGAACAUUUUGUUCAGGAUUGUGUUGCGAUUUGCUAUGCAAGUUUCAGAAAUCGCUAGAGAAUUCUAACAUGUUAUUGUUAAACAGUAGUUAGUAAUCAGUUUAAGUAAGUUAAUAUAAUUGUUGACAAUGGGUGUGAUAAAACUGGGACAGAGGGAAGGAAUAUUUGUUCAUUUUAGCAUGUCGUCAUAAUUAUAUAGUUAUUUCAACACUUGUGUGCUGCUACUCCAGCAGGAAAUCUUUUAUAUUAUGUACUUUUCCAGUUUAAAGGAAAAUAUGUAAACAGCUUUGAUAUACCAGUCAUUGUGCACUGGUUGAUAUGGGAUAAAAAUCGUUUACGCUCAUCUCAAACUAUUAUACUCUAAGUGACCGCUUAAACUGGGACAUUACAAAAUGGCAACAAUGAGAUUGAGCUGAAAAAAGCGUUGUACAUUGAAAACUGGAGACAGUGUUUGAUAAUAUAUUUACAAAAUUUCCAAGCACCGCCCUAGAAUUCAAAUCGAGAAGUCUUCUUCAAGAUCUGUGAGAACUAAUAUUUCUUUUUUAUUGAGAAUAUUCAACAGGUUAUUUCAGUGUGCGAUUUUGGUUUAAAAUAUUUAAGUGUCAUAAGGACUCCCUGUUUGCAAAUCUUUAGAGACCGCCACCAACACAGCGAACCUUGCUAUGCGUCUCCAGUAGAACAGAAGAUACGCUAAAUAUUGUGUAUGAAACCAUGGAAAAGAUCGCUGUUCAAGACUAUAGUUUCCCAGGAUUUUGAGAUAUAUGUUCACUGUGUCAUUUCGAAGAAUCCGUGUAAUUUGUACAAAUAUUUUUUUACAAGCCAUGCUGGCUCAUAUGCUAACUUUUUGCGAGCUUUGGGCUCCCGGACUCUCCUCAAAAUUGCACACUGAAAUACAAGAAUUGGUAAAGUUAAAAGUAAUAGGAAGUUUGUAGUGAAUAAAUAGCCUUGCUUGUAUUACUCCUUCAGUGUCAGAAUCAAUACAUACUCAGUUUGCAUGUAAAUAUGCAUGUACAUGUUUGGAAAACAUUUAAUUUAGUUUUCAUAUUUCAGUUACUGAAACUUGUAGCUAAUUUGGACUUUGGUCUUUAUUAUAUAAAUUUCUUGUACAUUUAUUGUGAUUUAUAAUUAAAUCCAAUGGUGUUAAUAAACAGAUAUUAUUUCAAAUAUUUAUGUGGCAUAAUAUUACAGCGUAUCACCCUUGAAAAUCCAUGUUCUAUUUGUGUACAUAAAUUAUAAAUUAAUCUAUUUCUGUACGAAUAUGCAGAAUUUGUUAUUUCUGUCCAUAUAUAUAUACAAAAUCUAUGUUCAAUUUGUGCCCAUACAUACAAAAAUAUAUCCAAAUGUAUAUUUGAAGAUGUAUGUUAAUCAGAUAAUAAAAUGAUUGUUACGA